AUGUUAUUGAACUCUGCAAAGAAACAAUUCAUGCUGAUAAUAAACCAAUAGAUAUAGAUUAAGAAAUUGAUUCUGAUAAAAUCAUUUAGGCAAAUUAAUGUAAAUAAUUUCAUAUCUAGUAUUAAUUAGCGAUCAAUAGACGCCACCUAUUUAUUCUAUCAUACUCUAUAUUUUCGCCACCAUUAGAAUCAUCUCUGA